AGAACUUCCCGGGGAGGUUCCUCCCUGGGAAAAAAAAAAGGGGCGGCAGCCCUGGCCGGGGCCGAGCGCGCGGCGCGGCGGGGAGGGGAUAUCGGGGCGGACCCGGAGGACAUGGAGGGCGAGGGGGGCCCGGGCCGGGCCGGGGCCGUGCGGGAGCUCUGCCGCUCCUUCGGACACUACAACCGGCACCUGGCGCGGCUGCAGCACAACCUGCGCGAGACCAGGAGGUUCUUCCGCGACGUCAAGUUCUCCCAGGGACACCCCUUCGCCCCGGAGGCCGCCGGAGACGCUCCCCACGGAGGGGAUGGGGAUGAGGAGCCCGGGGACGGCCCCGCGCCCGGCGGUGGUAUCAAAGUGAGAGGAAUUCUGACCAAAUUGUUCUGCAGACUUUUUGUGAAACACAAAGGAGCUGGGGAUGGAGUGGAGUGGACAGGACACACUGCCCAGGGCUGGAGUGGAAAAUAA